CAUAUUUGUUAGCAAGAGGUUUCUUAAGCUGAAGAAAUCUUUGUCAAUCGAAAGGUGUUCAGUAUUUUGAUUAAUGGACAACUGUCGCGUCUUACUGUACUAAAAUUGUUCCAAAGGGGCUAAGGUUGCCUGGAAGCAUUGGUAUGAAAACAAUAGAUGUGAAUUCACCAUCAGGAUAUACUGUCUGAGCUUCGCGGAGUGUGGAGUGCAUUCGGUAUCAAACUGGUCUUAGACAGCAAUUCUCGCUCGGAGUAUAUUUCGGUAAAUUUAUCAGAUGGAUGAAGUUCGUAUGCCUUACCACAUUGUUAAUUUCUGGCUUUUGGACUUGACAGCAAGUUUCCUUGUAUUUGUGAGCGCGUGGUACGGCAAAAUAAAACGGCGAAGGAUACAAACAGAUGAAGUUGGCGAUUAUGUUAUCACUGUAGUCAAAGAAAAGAAAGUAGGCGAAGGAGAAGAAACAUCGGAGUCACUUUGUCAGGGAUCAUUACGUCGGCUUUUUCUGUAUACGACGUAUUUUGUAAUGAUGGCUGCCUCUGUUGUUCUCUUUGAUUGUUAUCCUUAUUUUAUGAUAUUUUUCCAACACGUAACAGUGAUUUUCUGCAUUUUGAUAACAUUUUUUCAAUGGUUUCAACCUCGGUUGGCGAUGUUCAUUGGAGGGACUUUCUCAACACUCUGGCUUUUGAGCGGGGCCACGACAUUUCGUUGGGUCCUAAAUGAUAUUAUAAUCGCUUUUUUCGGGCUGCUUGUUGGAUACUUGCACUUUAAAAAUUUCCCAUCGCUUCAAAUGUUUCUGUGGCUGGCAGUGGUCUAUGAUGUCUGUCUGGUGAAAAACGUAUAUCUAGGUGUCCCUUCUCUGUUUAGCACAGGGAAAGGGGAGACAAACUGUGAAACGGUUUUUUGCAAGGCGUUGGAACUCAGUGAAGCUUGGGAAUUGCCAACUAUUUUCACAUUCAAAUUAGGCCCACGGGAGGAACACGUCUAUCUUGGAGCUGGUGAUAUAAUUAUCGGCUGCAUGGUAUCGAACUUCUCUCAGAUGUUUUUCAGGUCUUCAAAAUACUUGUCUGCAACAGUUUUGACAUACGCAAUAGCCAUUGCUUUACUGAGCCAAGUCGGCGACGAGCCGUAUCCAGCUCUUGUUACAAUUGUUCCUCUGUGCAGCCUUCAGUUGGUCUUGUCGGCCAUUCUUUCCCACAAAACCAGGAGUUUGCUUUCUUUAAAGUGCUUGGAUAGCGAAAGAGAGCGGGAAGGGCAUGACAUGAAUAUUCUUCUUUGAAUCUACAAGGCAUUAACAGCCUAAGGUACUUACGUCAGAAAACUUUGACAAUCGGCUUUCAAAUAAUACCGAAUACGAAUAUGAAAUAAUUGCUUGCAAGGGUACGAGGAACUAAUAGUGUGAGAAUAUGCGA